GAUGAUAAUGACAAAGCAGACAGGAGAGCAGCAGAAAUAUUUGAGGAGAAAAUGCGGUACUAUGACAACGUCAAGAAGGCCAAUCAUGGAAGCCUUCCUUUCAAAUUCGAAGUCGAACAGACAAGGGUACAACUCGCCGAAACAGCCAGAAGGAAAAAGCGAGCGCGUGAUACUGCCAAGGCUGUGGAAGACGAUCCUGUCAAUCUAACUGUACCCCCACCGCUUGAUCUUGAGCAAGAUGUCGAGGAAGAGGAGCUAUUUGAUGCUGACUUUGACCAACCUCACACUCGCAAGAGAGUUUGUAUGCAAGGUGCAGAACUCCAGAGUAUGAUGGUUGCACUAGAUGCUAUGAAUGAUAAUCCAAAAAGAAAGCGGAAAAGGAAGUCGGUAGGCGGAAGAGCAGAUGUCACUUUUGGCAAAAUCACCAAAAGUGGCAAACGCUCCAACAAGAAACAAAAGUUGAUUGACAAUGGGGCCCAACAAGCUGCAUCUCUUCUCUAUUCAAAUGUUUUUACUGAACAAGCUGCUCUAGAUGCACCAGAGCAACCAUUCUUCACGUCGAGGACCAAGAUACAGGCGCUGAAAGAACUUGUUGCUAGUGUGCCUAUUGAAGAUGAGAAGCAGGCAAAGAAUGACGCAACCAUCUUGAUGAAAGCAACAAGACAAUUUAGCAGGAAUGCAGUCAAACCUGAUGUUAAGAGCGGUCUAUGGUCAGUCAAAGGCAUGAAGACAACAUUGAAGCCGUAUCAGGUCCUUGGUACUGGAUUUAUGCGCCAACGAGAGAAUGCCACUGAAGAGCCAAGGGGUGGUAUUUUGGCGGAUCAAAUGGGACUUGGUAAAACGCUUAUGACGUUGGCGAAUAUCCAUGACGGUCGACCACCAAAGGGUAGCGGUCGCCCCAAGGCUACCCUUAUUGUUGCUAGUCCCGCACUUCUCACUCAAUGGAAGAGCGAAAUCGAAAAACAUAGCUCAACCGAACUGAAAAUCAUGCGGUACGGCGCUGGAACACGUCAUAACUUUAACGCGUCCUUGGAACUCCUGAAGGGUCAUGACAUCGUCCUUACCACUUACAACGAGGUGAUGUUGUCCCACCCAAAAAUAGAACCUCCGGAGAGUUGUGAAACAGAGGAACAGGAGAAGGCAUGGUGGCAGGAAACUUGGGAGCAGCAACGAGGCGCCCUGCACCGCGUACGUUUCUUACGUAUAGUCUUGGAUGAGGCACAAGCCAUCAAGAACCACAUGUCGCGCACAUCAAUUGCCUGUCGUGCCCUUCAGGCUGAUCACAAGUGGGCUUUGAGUGGAACUCCUAUCCUCAAUAGCUUGACUGAGCUCUAUCCUUACUUCAAAUUCCUUGGCGUUCCACUUAUAGGCAGCUUCGAAGACUUCAAGGAUGACUACUGCAACCCAAGUAGUCCAGAGAGACUUUUAGUGAGACUCUCUCACUUUAUGAUCCGCCGCACUCACGCAAAUACGAUCAUGGGAGCUCCCAUUCUCAAGUUGCCUCAGGCCCAUCAAGCCACGUACUGGUGUGAGUUCAAUCCGGUUGAACGCUGCAUUUACGAAAUUGUCCGCAAUCGUUUCAUCAAACGGAUACAGACCAUGGUAAAGAAUAAGGCCUUGAAAAAAUCCUAUUGCAACAUCUAUGUGAUGUUUCUAAGACUCCGCCAGCUGGCAGCCCAUAUUCUCAUGCUUCAAUUUGUUAUUCGAGAUCUCCUUGAGUUGGAAGAUAUUGAGCUCAUUAAACAGGUGCUUCGUCAGCAGACAGCUGAUAGUAACACUCAAUCUAGGAACACAAUAAUCGCAGUUCGAAAACAGCUUCAAAAGAUAGCAGACGAGGAAAAGAAAAAGAAAUGCGAUGAUUCAAAAGUGAACAAAGAAGCCGAAGGUCAAGAUCAAGACAGCGUCACUGAUGAAGAAGAAGGAGAAGAAGAGGAGGAGCUGGAGUCAGAUCAUCGUUUCGGGACGGGCGGGAGUUUUGGCAAAGACUACAACUUCGGGCCCUUUCUGAGCAGUCUCCAAACAGGAAAGAGCUGGGAAAGAGCCAAGAAAACAGCCAAGUGCAGCACCUGCGGAAAAAAACCACAACAGCCUAUGCUCACAUCAUGUGGGCAUCUGAUUUGUGCUGAUCCCUGUUACUCAGAAGCAUGUGUCGAGAUGGCUGAGCAAGGGGAAGAGAAUAUAGUUUGCAAAGCCUGCGGUGUCACAUCUACAUCUACCAUUACAUGUGACAUGGGAACUGAUUCUCAAGACAUACCUGCAUCUGGCACGCGAUCGAAUGACAAGAAGAAGAAAGACAAGGGGCGUAAGCGCAUCGGCCGUGAAGACAUUGCGCACGACUGGCUUGCUUCGCUGGACGACGAUGUCCUACCUUCCGCGAAAACCAUCGCAGUCAAGUCACAGAUUAUGAACUGGAUUAAGGAGAACCCGAAUGUCAAGAUCAUUGUCUAUACCCAAUUUCUUGCUAUGAUUCAAAUUUUGCGACGUGUUUGUCAGAAAGAAGGCUGGAAUGCUAUUCAGUACCACGGCAAGAUGAGUCUCACGGCUCGCAAUAACGCCAUUCAAUCAUUUGGCCGCCAAGAAGAUAACGUGAGAAUCAUGCUGGCAAGCAUGCAAUGUGGUGGCUUGGGUCUUAACCUAACUAUGGCUUCUAGAGUUAUCUUUAUUGAUCCUUGGUGGAACUCUGGUGCAGAGCAGCAAGCUUUCUGUCGCGUAUUCCGCAUUGGUCAAAGAGAAAAGACAUUUAUGAGCCGCCUUUGUGUCCAGAACACAAUAGAUAACAGGAUUAUCGAGAUUCAGGAGCGCAAAGAGAAGGAGAUCGAAAGGGUGAUGAAAGAAGGGGGCAAGCCGGUG